UGUGGGUGGGUUAGCUGCUGUAUUUAAACAGUACAUCUUUUAGAAGAAGCCUCAUACAGCUUCGAGUGUCACUGAGACACAGUUCCCUCCAUCACGGAGUGCGAGGGUGGAGGCUGAUUUAUCAACCACACACUUCAAAUUCUGCUUUAACGGCUGUUACUGGAAAUGGAGAAUUAUUUGCUGUUUCUUCUGCUCAUGCUGAUGGGUAAACAUGGAUUGUGUCAACAGGAGAAAGGUUGCUCAAAGUCGAUGGUCAACUCAUGUGGUGACUGUAUGAGAUCUGCGCCAGAGUGUGUGUGGUGCAAACAGCUGAAUUUUACAAAAGCAGGUCAGCAGGAAGCAGUGCGCUGUGACACCAAAGCUCAGUUGAUGAAGAGAGGCUGCAAGAGGGAAGAAAUCAUCUCCCCGGAGAACACUCUAGUCAUUGUGAAGGCAGAUCCUCUGUCUGGGUCAUUCGACAAACAGCUGAAACAGCCUGUUCAGCUGAGUCCACAGAAGAUUAGUUUGAGACUGCGACCUGGGCUUCCUACGACAUUCAGGGUUUCUUUCAAAAGAGUUCAGGGUUAUCCUGUUGAUCUCUACUACCUGAUGGACCUGUCCUACUCCAUGAAAGAUGACUUGGCAAAUGUCAAAGAACUGGGAAAAGAUCUUUUUGCAGCUCUGAAGAGUAUCACUAAUUCUGCUCAAAUAGGGUUUGGUGCGUUUGUUGAUAAGACAGUUCUUCCUUACACUAACACCAACAAGGAGAAACUGCUGAAGCCGUGUGAUGAGAAUGACCAAGAGUGCCAGGCUGCCUUUGGCUACAGACAUGUGCUUAGUAUGACGUCAGAAGAAGAACAGUUCAAAACAAAAGUAACAGAGGAGUUCAUUUCUGGGAACUUGGACUCUCCAGAAGGUAGUCUGGACGCCAUGAUGCAGGCAGCCGUGUGUGGGGAAAGAAUAGGUUGGAGGAACAGCAGCACUCGGCUGAUUGUGCUGACCACUGAUGCCGGAUUCCACAUGGCCGGAGAUGGAAAAUUAGCUGGCAUACUGGAACCCAAUGAUGAACAGUGCCACAUAGAAAACAGCUUGUACACCAAAAGCAAUGUAAUGGACUACCCAUCUGUUGGACAACUAGCCAUGCAGUUGGAAAAAAACAAUAUUCAGCCGAUAUUUGCAGUGACAAAAAAUGUGGAGGAUGUGUACAAGCAACUCACUAAAUUGAUUCCAAAAUCAGAGGUGGGAGUUCUGUCCUCAGAUUCAAAAAAUGUGGUUCAAUUGAUCAAGGAUGCCUACAAAAGGUUGUCGUCCAAAGUGACUGUGACCCAUGACAAUCUGCCUGAGCAUGUGAGCGUUAUCUACACCCCUAACUGCAAGGGUGCAGGACCAGCAGGGGAGAGCGAAGGGAUUUGUGAUAAUGUACCAGUGGGAAAGGAGAUUUAUUUUGAUGUCACAGUGACAGCAGACACAUGUAUUGAAGACAAGUCUUUCACCAUAAGACCACUGGGAAUUAAAGACACAUUGACAGUGACCCUAUCUUCAAACUGUGAGUGUGAAUGUCAAGACCCACAGGACAGCAGUCACCCACACUGCAACGGCAGGGGAAGAGUUAGCUGUGGUAUUUGCAGCUGCAGUGAAGGCUCCAUUGGUCAGUUCUGCGAGUGCUCUAUUGGGGAAAAAGACGAGGUCUCGCUGCGAGCGUCCUGUCAGAGGGACAACGGCACCGAGUGUGAGGGCCGAGGAGAUUGUGUAUGUGGCAGGUGCCAGUGCCACACCACAGAGAGUGGAAGUAGUUACCAUGGUGACAUCUGCGAGUGUGACGAUGAACACUGUGAGAAGUUCCAGAAUAAACUAUGUGGAGGAAACGGUAAAUGCAAUUGUGGCAGAUGUGAAUGCUUUUCAGGCUACGAAGGCUCAGCCUGUCAGUGUAAGGUGUCUGAGGAGGGCUGUCGGACCCUCAACAACACUGUGUGCUACAACAGAGGGACCUGCAAGUGUAACCGCUGUGAGUGUAAGGAGGGAUACCAGCAUCCACGAUGCCACAAAUGCCUCGGCUGCCCAGACCCCUGCCAGACCAAACUGAACUGCAUUGAAUGCCUUGGCUUUGAGUCCGGUCCCUUUAAAAAAAACUGCAGUGUGGCUUGCAGCAAAAGCAUUUAUCACGAGAUGGUUGAUCAGUUCACCGUACAAAGCAAGAAGUGCCAGCAGAAGGACACGGAGGGAUGCUGGAUCAGGUUCAAUCUGGACCAGUUGGUCGGAGAAGAUCACUACAAGGCUACAAUUCUCAAACAGAGAGACUGUCCGGAGCCCCCCAGUGUCAUAGCUAUCAUCGGGGGCUCCAUUGCAUCUGUUGCUCUCAUUGGCAUCCUAAUGCUGAUGCUCAUCAAGCUACUCAUCUACAUGAAGGACAUAAAAGAAUUCAGAAAAUUUGAAAAUGAAAGGAAGAAAUCCAAGUGGGCAGAGGCUGACAACCCUCUGUUCCAGACGGCCACCACCACGGUGAGCAACCCCACCUUCACCGGAGAGUGAGACUCACAGAGGUGCAGCGCUCACACAACACACAUCCAUGUGUGUUUAGGGCAAGGUCAUUUGUAAUGCCCUUUGCAAAUAUUUAUCAACUUGUGUUAAUGUUGACACGCUGUCGUUCUUAAAGGGGCCCUAUUCUGCUUUUUGCAUUUUUCCCUUUCCUGUAGUGUGUUCAAAUAGAUUUUAAAUAAAUGUAAUCCCUGUGUUCCCUCCAGAGGGAGUUUCUUUCCCACAGCUGUUAUUAUCUGAGGGGGGCAGAAAAGCAACAUUCAUGCAUCAGUCUCAUUCUAUUCACCCAGACAGAUUCACUGUAUAUCCUCAGGUCCUGAGAGAGAGUCUGACAGGACGUUGUUACUGGGAGGUGAAGUGGAGAGGGGGAGAAUUUGAUGUAGCAGUCGCAUACAAGAAUAUCAGCAGAGCAGGGGGUGAAAGUUUAUUUGGAUUCGAUGAAGUCUUGGGCGGUAGAUUGCGACCAAAACAGUUAUUCAUUUCGUCACAACAGUAUCAUCACUCCCGUCUCAGGUCCUCUGUCCUCCAGAGUAGGAGUGUACCUGGAUCACAGAGCAGGUAUUCUGUCAUUCUACAGCAUCUCUGAAACCAUGACUCUCCUCCACAGAGUCCAGACCACAUUCACUCAGCCGCUUCAUGCUGGAGUUUUGCUUUAUGAUUAUGGAACCACAGCUGAGUUUUGUAAACUGAAAUAGCCUGAAGUCAUUUGAGGAACUCUUCUACUUCUUAAACUCAUUGUGUCCAUCAUUGUUGCUGAAAGCUGAGUGUUCAUGUAUUCACUGCACAGAGAUCAGCUGUCAAUCAAACAUUAUGGGAUGUGCUUUAACAUCUUCUCAUGAGUUGUUCUGUAGAUGUUGGAGUUUCUUUAGGCGGCGCUCCUUCCUGUGUCUGUUUAGCCAUGGAGGCUGUCACUGCUCAGGAGGAUUUCUGUUAACCUCAACUGAUAUUUCUCUGCAUGAAAACUGUAAACUUUGCUUUAAAUAUUUGUUGAAUAUCGUUAUUGAUGUAUUUGUAUGUUGUUGUUUCUCUUGUAAAGCUUGAGUCUUAAGAGAGAAAGCACCAGAGCUUCUUUCAUGUUAGAUAUUUUUUUCUAAAAGUCUUUUAUUUUUGACUGAGUUUCAAUGUGUUGAAUGCAUAAAUUAAAGUUUGAAUAAUGAAACAACACACAUUAAAAGAAAACUCAUAACAAAGAAAAGGUUGAGUUUGUAAUAAAUUGUGUUUCUAUUUUCAACAUAUGAGAUGAGUGCCUCAUUGACAUAUCCGGAAAAAAUGUAAUGCUUGGCUUUUUCUUGUUAAUAAAAGAGUUAAGAGGACAAAAGUGAAAA